AUGACUUUUCCUUGUGAAGUAACUCCUGACCAGACCAUGUACUCAGACCUUGAUAAUGUCCUCAAGACAGUACCCUCGGGACAGUGCCCUCAGGUCAGUGCCCUCGGGACAGUGCCCUCAGGUCAGUGCCCUCGGGACAGUGCCCUCAGGUCAGUGCCCUCCAGUGCCCUCGGGACAGUGCCUUCCGGUCAGUGCCCUCGGGACAGUGCCCACAGGACAGUGCCGUCAGGACAGUGCCCUCAGGACUGUGCCCUCGGGACAAUGCCCUCAGGUCAGUGCCCUCGGGACAGUGCCUUCCGGUCAGUGCCCUCGGGACAGUGCCCUCAGGUCAGUGCCCUCGGGACAGUGCCCACAGGACAGUGCCGUCAGGACAGUGCCCUCAGGACAGUGCCGUCAGGACAGUGCCCUCAGGGCAGUACCCUCGGGACAGUGCCCACAGGACAGUGCCCUCGGGACAGUGCUCUCAGGUCAGUGCCCACAGGACAGUACCCUCGGGACAGUGCCCUCAGGUCAGUGCCCUCGGGACAGUGCCCACAGGACAGUGCCCUCGGGACAGUGCCCUCGGGACAGUGCCCUCAGGACAGUGCCCUCGGGACAGUGCCCUCAGGUCAGUGCCCUCGGGACAGUGCCCUCAGGUCGGUUCCCACAGGACAGUGCCCUCGGGACAGUGCCCUCAGGUCAGUGCCCACAGGACAGUACCCUCGGGACAGUGCCCUCAGGACAGUACCCUCAGAGCAGUGCCCUCAGGUCAGUGCCCUAAGGACAGUGCCAUCAGGACAGUGCCCUAAGGACAGUGCCGUCAGGACAGUGCCCUCAGGACAGUGCCGUCAGGACAGUGCCCUCAGGGCAGUACCCUCGGGACAGUGCCCACAGGACAGUGCCCUCGGGACAGUGCCCUCAGGUCAGUGCCCACAGGACAGUACCCUCGGGACAGUGCCCUCAGGUCAGUGCCCUCGGGACAGUGCCCACAGGACAGUGCCCUCGGGACAGUGCCCUCAGGUCAGUGCCCUAAGGACAGUGCCGUCAGGACAGUGCCCUCAGGGCAGUACCCCCAGGACAGUGCCAUAG